CCUCAUUUUUCUUCCUCCGCUUGGGCUGCUGCCCCGAUCGCCCCCGCGGGCCUGAAUUAACCCGAGAAGACUCGGCCUGAAAGUGGAGGAGUCGACUAAGUCCUUCCUGCGGGGGGGCCCUGACAGUGGGACUCCAGCCGAGUUAUUCCAGACCCUGUGCCUGACUCCGGGUGCUGCGGGGUAGGAGGCGGCUCCGGUUCCCAAACUUGGUCGACCUGGUAGUUAAGGCUGCCUCCCACUAAACCUUAGGUGUGAUUGAAGGAGAAUAUUGCGGUCGGAGCCAAUGACAGCGGCUCCGGACGACUCCACCUAAGCUUUUGUGGGAGGGAGCAAGUUAACUCGCUAAAGCGAUCGAAGAAAAGCACAUACAGGCUUUAUAAUAAUCCACAGUGUUUUUUAUUAGCAGCAACAAAGGAGUUCAAGUUCACUGAUCACUAUGUGGUGUUUGGAAACUUUACUGAAGACUCGUACCGUCAUUGGUGUGGAUGGCCAUGGAUCAAACAGCUUUCAGAUUGCUACUAGCUCCAUAUGCAGAGGAGUCCUUUGGAUGUUGGAUGAAAACAACCAUCUUAUCCAGUGUAUAAUGGACUACCAGAACAAGGGAAAGACGUCUGAAUGCUCUCAAUACCAGCAGAUGCUGCAUACAAACUUGGUUUACCUAGCCACUAUAGCUGACUCCAACCAGAACAUGCAGUCUCUACUACCAGCACCACCCACACAGAAUAUGCCUAUGGGUCCGGGCGGGAUGAGUCAGAGCGGCCCUCCCCCACCCCCGCGCUCGCACAACAUGUCUUCAGAUGGUAUGGUAGGUGGGGGCCCUCCUGCACCACACAUGCAGAACCAGAUGAACGGCCAGAUGCCUGGACCCAACCAUAUGCCUAUGCAAGGACCUGGACCUAACCAACUCAAUAUGACAAACAGUUCCAUGAAUAUGCCUUCAAGUAGCCAUGGGUCCAUGGGUGGCUAUAAUCACUCAGUGCCAUCGUCACAGAGCAUGCCAGUGCAGAAUCAGAUGACAAUGAGCCAGGGUCAGCCAAUGGGCAACUACGGGCCCAGACCAAACAUGAAUAUGCAACCAAACCAAGGUCCAAUGAUGCACCAGCAGCCUCCCUCCCAGCAAUACAACAUGCCACAGGCAGGUGGCCAGCAUUACCAGGGGCAGCAGCCACCGAUGGGAAUGAUGGGCCAAGUUAACCAAGGAAAUCACAUGAUGGGGCAGAGACAGAUUCCUCCCUACAGGCCACCACAGCAAGGCCCACCACAGCAGUACUCAGGCCAGGAAGACUAUUAUGGGGACCAAUACAGUCAUGGUGGACAAGGUCCUCCAGAAGGCAUGAACCAGCAAUAUUACCCUGAUGGAAACUCGCAAUACGGUCAGCAGCAAGAUGCAUAUCAAGGACCACCGCAACAGCAGGGAUAUCCACCACAACAGCAGCAAUAUCCCGGCCAGCAAGGCUAUCCAGGACAACAGCAGGGUUAUGGUCCUUCCCAGAGUGGUCCAGGGCCUCAGUAUCCCAAUUAUCCGCAAGGACAAGGACAGCAGUAUGGGGGAUACAGACCCACGCAGCCUGGGCCACCACAACCACCACAGCAGAGGCCUUAUGGAUAUGACCAGGUAUUCUUUCAUUUCAUGAGAAAGUUGUGAUUCUUACAUACUCAUUUGGUAAUCUUAGAUUCUGGACAUUUAAACUAAUGAAUUUUAGGACAUAGUCUUUCAGGUGUGUACGUACAGUUCUCAUGGUGUUUAUGUCUUGGUGAGUUACCAAGAAUCAUUUGUAUGGAAUUGUGAUUACUCAUUCUCUCCUGUGUUUGCUAAAUUUUAAUGCAAUUUGGCAAAGUGAGGUCUUCUCAGCAGUAUUUUUGGACGUUAAAAAUUAAGGUGAUGUGUUUCAUAGCCUUAUGGUGAAUGACUAAUAUGAAAGAUGAGAUUUCUAAAUCUCAUGGUGGAUCAUUUUUCAUUACUUCUUUGCAAUAGAAGUGGUUGAAUUUAUUUUCCACAAACACAAAUCCUAAUCAAAAUCUUCCUCUUCAGCUGCAAAAGCACCUCAGGUGUUCAGCUGAGGUCCUUCAGCUGCAGAGCUUAUGGGGAGACAUGAAACCUCUUUUUGCACAGCUUUUCUCUGAGCCAUAUAAGGGGGCAGCGAACAUGGGAAAGAAGUGACCUGAAAAUUGACUGCUUCAUUCCUGUCACUGCUAAGACAAGAUUAAAACAAACAAAUAGUUACCACCAAAACUUUAGGAUGGAGUUGUAGUGAAGGGCUCAUGUAAAAAGCUGUCUUAAAAUUAAAGGAUGAAGACGGUUUUAUUCCUGUAAAAGGUACUAACUUGUAAAAUCCAAACUUUUCACUAUAAAUAAUUCAGAAAUGUCAUUAAAAUGUACACUAUUACUUUCCUUGGUACAAAUAACCUAAAUAUUAACUAAAUGAUAAAGUUGAGGUUCUGAUGUUUAACUAAAAUCCUGUUACGUCAGUAGAAGAUCAGUUGAACUUUCAAGAAAAACUUAUCUGAGGAAGUGAGAAUUGCCCACGAUUUUGAAGAACAAUUGGCUUUGUUUCUACAUAAAUUAGAGAAGACAAGGAAGAAGGAACAAACUCUCAGUGUGGUAGUUCAGAGAUGCAGUUACUUUUAAUUAUUUAACAGAUAAAAUGUUUUUGCACUGAACCAGUAGCUUCCUCUGAAGACAGUAAGCUAAAGGAGAAUUCUUUGCUUGUGGCCAGCAUAGGGUCAAGCAGACUUGAUCACAAUUUGCUGAGUUUUUUCCAGCUUUCCUUGCAGAAGAAGUGGAUAACCUUCUCUGUUGAUAGGCUGUGCUCCUCCAGUUUGUGCAGUCUUGAGUUCCACUGGGAAACUCAAUUACAGAAGACCUCUAUUCCAUACUGGCCAUUCCCUUAGGAAUUCUGCUGCUUAAAUUCUCAUCUGGCAGCUGUUGUGAAACUCUUCUUCAUGACUGAUUGUUAUAUUAUAAUGGAACAUAACUGACACUGCAACAUAAAACUAAAAUGUAAAAUACUGCCUUGUGGUAGUAUUUUACAUGGAAUGGUGGCAGGAUCGUUUGGGAGUAUUUUCACUUCCUAGCACAGUCCUUCUUUCUGCAAGCCUUGAACUGUGUGGUGAAGGAUCAUGGUAAGCUUAAUAGCAUUGAUACUUUCACCUCUGCCCACCUCUGCAGUACAUGAAAUUCACUCAAAAGAAAUAGAGAAUAUUAAUAAGGGUAGUAAUUUUGUCUAUUACAUCUAUGGAAUAACUGCCUCCCAUAGACUAGUUCUUCACGUUCAUCAGGAUGUGCCUUGGCUUUAAAAUACAUGUGCCAUUAUUCUGUAAUGCUUGAUAGAUUAAUAAUUUUAGAUACCUCUGUGUCAUGGUUAGUUUCCUAAAUUACUUUGAAUUUAGGUGACCUUGACUUUUAGAAAUAAAUUUCAAAGUUUAAGUGGGAAGUAAUCCCCAUCUUUUGUUUUCUGAUGAUAUUCUGCUAAUUUCACAGCAGCUUGUUGAAUGUAAAGGUAUAUUCUUUUGAUCAAAUUAGGUUCCUGGCCUUAAAUUCAUGUCUUUGGUCUUAUUUCUACAUUAAAGCACAUAGUAUUUUUUAGUGAGAUGAAACUACACUAGUUACUUGUGUCACUAUAUAAUUUACUUGUUUCUACCUUUUACUAUCAGUUUAUUUGGAUGGUCUUCCAAUUACAGCUUUAAAUGUAGGAAAAUAUGCCUUGCGGUCUAAUUAUGUAUUUUGAA